UAUGCCGUCAACUAUGCCUCGUAAUGUCAAGGAACUCGAAACGUGCAUAUCGAUAUUCGACAGACUCUCGCAGGGUGAAGUUGGUCACCAUUGCAAAACAUAUGUUCCGGAUGGUUGGUUUGACGGUUUGACAGUGGGAUUGACGGAUAAGCGAAUGAUUUAUCCGAUAUCAAGGCAUUUAAAUGUUAUCGCGAAUAUUCCGUGGAGAAAAUGAGAAUGCCUCUGUUAAGAGAAAGCGGCAAAUUGACACCCUGAAAAUCUUUAACGAUAAUGUAGUCGAGCUAAGAGAGGAUGUGGAGUACCAAGUUCAGUUUGAUGCAGGGGAUAGGCGAAUGGCUAUCAUGGUCUCCCUCUCGCCUGAAUUUCCCCUAGAAAAACCUGUUCUCAGAGUAUCUCCUCCGAUUAAUCAUCCAUGGUGCAAUGAGCACAAUGAAAUCAUCAGUGCUCCGGGACUACUAAAUUUUACGGUACACAGCGACCUUGGCAGGGUGGUCCAAGCCAUCAUUAGAGAGUUCAGCAAAAACCCACCGAAACUUAUAGAAGAUAGUCCACCGCCGGUCUCUUCCGUAUGCCACAGAGAUUUGAAUGAUAGAGUAUCGCCGUCCUAUGCCCUACAACAACAGUACCCCGAGAUACCGUCGACUUCGUAUAAUUCUUAUUACAACACCCACUACCCACAAUAUUCGUCGUCAAGUACAAAUACGAACAACACGGUUUACAAUUAUAACUACACAAACUCGGGUAACACAUAUGCGAUAGAGAGUCAAGCUAAGUCCUUUGCUUCGACUUCCCAUCUUUCUACUUACUCACCAAGUUCAACCAGUAAUUCUUUACACAGUACUAAAGCUCCGUGUUGUUCCUCCAAUCAAUAUGCCAAUACCCCUUAUCUCAAUUCGCAUUAUGGUGGUACAAAUUAUGGACAAACGACACAGACUAACGUCAGGUCCAAAACACCUCAGUGCUCAGAAUUUCCAGAAUUGAAUGAUAUGAGUACAGAGGAAUUGCAAAAACUCGGUGAUGAUGUCGAUAGAUUAGACGAAUUUUUGGAGAAGCAUUCCCAGAUAAAGGAUCUCAAUACCACAGUAGAAGACGCCAUCGAUUGGGUUGAAAAUACAGCUAGGGCAAACCUGCUAAAGGAAUCUGAACUCGAAGAACUUAGAAAUCAAGUAGCGGAGAAAGCUGAAAGAGUAACGAUUCUAAAAGCUAGAUAUGACCAGCUUAAUCAGAACUACAAUAAAUUGUCAGAAGUGUUCACGCCAGACCACAUAAAGAACUGCUUAAAACAUGCGGCUGACGAAAGCCAUGAAAAGAGUGAAGCGAUUGCUGAAGAUUUUUUGAACAGAAAAAUUGACGUCGAACGUUUUUUGAGCACUUACGUAGAAUGUCGAAAGCUUGGUCAGGCGCGCCGAACUAAGGAAGAAAAGUUAGCUCACCAAUUGAACGAACUGAAACGGGCUGGUUACUAAUAAUGCUAUUGACAAAAGUGUAAAAUUCCGUUUUCUAUCUAACCGAAUGAACUGUACAUAAUAUUUAGUUAAAUUAAAUGAUAAUUGCAAAUUUGAAA